AUGACUCGAGCCGUUAGUAAACCAUAUUCAAUUGAUAACCUUCCUCCAUUAAUUGUUGGUGGCGCAGUCUUCAAUUAUCAAUACAGCUCUAACCCACAAGCACUUCCUAUUGAGUCUCUUCUCAAACGCGCUUUUGAUUGUGGGUAUAAUGCCAUUGACACGUCACCUUAUUAUGGUCCACUGGAGGAACUUCUUGGUGAGGCAUUGCUCAAGCUCGGGUAUCCUCGUGACUCUUACUACAUCUGCACCAAGGCUGGACGUGUUAAGCUUGACGAGUUUGAUUAUUCGCGUGCACUGGUUCGUCAAUCCGUUUAUCGGUCUUUAAAGCGAUUGAAUACUGAUUACCUUGACUUGGUGUACAUGCAUGACAUUGAAUUCCAAACUGCGCAAGCGGUAAUAGAUGCAUUGAGAGAAUUGCAAGAGUUGAAAAAAGAAGGCAAAGUUCGAAAUAUAGGUGUUUCUGGGUACCCUGUUUCUUUUCUUCUUGAUAUAGCAUUAAAAUGGAAGGAGGUUAACAAUGGGGAACCAUUGGAUGCCGUGUUAUCGUAUAGUAAUGGCUGUCUUCAAAAUAGGAUCUUGUUUGACUAUUAUGAACGAUUCAAAUCAGAGGCUGGAGUCAGGAAAGUACUUAAUGGUUCGAUUUUGUCCAUGUCCCUAUUGCGAUCAGCCAAGACUCAUGAUUUCCACCCGGCAUCGAGCGAGUUGAAGCAACGAGUUUACGAAAUUGCUUCGGAGUUAAAGUCGAAAGAUGAAAAAAAUGAUGGUGUCGAGUUGGCAGAAUUGGCUACAAAAUAUGCAAUUGCUGAGUGGUUGAUCAAGUAUAAAGAGAGUAUUGUUUUGGGAGUCUCAAACGUCGAGGAGCUUAAUUUAGCAAUUGAUGUUUAUGAAAAUUUACAAAAAACAGGGUUGACCUCUGAGGAUAAGAAGUUGAUUGACAAGGUGCAGCAUGAUUUGGGUAAGCACAUGAAUGAAACAUGGCCCAGUGGGUUCCAUUAA